GCCGUCUCGAGCGCAUUCGUCUCCUCCACCUCCAAGCAAACCGCCACCCCACCACCGCCACCACCAUGGCCAACGCCGGAUACACCGCCAUGCGCACGCCCAUCGCCAACAAGGGCCUGGCCUUCACGGAGGAGCAGCGCCAGCAGCUCGGCCUGCGCGGCCUGCUGCCGGCCGCCGUGUCGUCGACCGAGUUUGAGACGGAGCGCGCCAUGGCCCAGCUCCGCCGCAAGCCGUCGCCCAUCGAGAAGUACAUCUUCAUGCAGAACAUGCAGAACACCAACGAGGACGUGUACUACCGCAUGCUCAUCGAGCACACGCCAGAGCUCAUGCCCAUCGUGUACACGCCCACGGUCGGCCAGGGCUGCCAGGAGUUCAGCCACAACUACGCGCAACACCCGCGCGGCCUCUUCAUCUCGGUCAAGGACAUCGGCCACGUCGCCGAGAUCCUGGACAACUGGCCGGAGAAGGACAUCCGCGCCAUUUGCUUCACGGACGGCGAGCGCAUCCUCGGCCUGGGCGACCAGGGCGCCAACGGCAUGGGCAUCCCCGUCGGCAAGCUGUCGCUGUACACGGCCUGCGCCGGCGUGCCGCCCCAGAUGUGCCUGCCCGUCGUUCUUGACUGCGGCACCAACAACGAGGAGUACCUGGCCGACCCGUUCUACAUUGGUCUGCGCCAGAAGCGCGAGCGCGGCGAGAAGUUCGAGCAGCUCGUGGACGAGUUCAUGAACGCGGCCAAGGCCAAGUACGGCGACAAGGUGCUGCUGCAGUUUGAGGACUUCGGCAACUCGACGGCCUUCCACCUGCUGCGCAAGUACCAGAACACGCACUGCACGUUCAACGACGACAUCCAGGGCACGGCCUCGGUCGUGCUUGGUGGCCUGCUGGCCGCUGUGCCCCUGUCGGGCAAGGCCAUCUCGGAGCAGACCUUCCUGUUCCUCGGCGCCGGUGAGGCCGGUACGGGCAUUGCCGAGCUGAUCGCCCAGGCCAUCGCCCAGGAGACUGGAAAGUCCGUGGAGGAGUCCCGCAAGCAGAUCUGGCUGGUGGACUCGCGCGGCCUCAUCGUCGACUCCCGCAAAGAGUCGCUGCAGCACCACAAGCUACUGUUCGCCCACGACGCCCCCGCGUGCCCGGACCUCCUGUCGGCCAUCGAGCAGAUCAAGCCCACGGCCCUCAUCGGUGUGUGCACCAUCGCCAAGGCCUUCAGCAAGGAGGUGUGCCAGAAGAUGUGCGAGAUCAACGAGCGCCCCAUCAUCUUCGCGCUGAGCAACCCCACGUCCAAGGCCGAGUGCACGGCUGAGGAGGCCUACACGUUCACGGACGGCAAGUGCAUCUUCGCCAGCGGCAGCCCGUUCGACCCCGUCCUGUACAACGGCAAGCGCUUCGUGCCCGGCCAGGGCAACAACUCGUACGUGUUCCCGGGCAUUGGCCUCGGCAUCGUAGCGGCCGGCCUGACCCACGUCGACGACGAGGUCAUGAUCAUCGCCGCCAAGACGCUGGCCAGCCUGACCACCCCCGCCGACCUGGAGACCGGCUGCGUGUACCCGCCGCUGUCCACGAUCCGCAACGUGUCGCUCAAGAUCGCUGAGACUGUGGCCGAGUACGGCUACCAGAAGGGCUUCGCCACGGUCCCCAAGCCGGAGAACCUGACCCAGUUCCUGAGCGAGUUCAUGUACAACCCCUAAGCGCUCGGUGC